UGGAACGACACCCCCGCAGAAUAAAAUCGUGCCCACGCUCAGAUCCAGCUGUUUUCUUCUCUCUGUUUCUCUUCUCGAAUCCGAGAGAUUCCCUCGCCCAGAUCUUGACCUCUGCCCUCGUAUCCUACCGGAGGUUUAGAUCCUCCUGCUUCGCAGUGUGCCGGAGACGCUGGUCGAGCCUUGGGAGACCCCGCGGCCGUCACAACCAUGAAUCCCUUCUCCUCGGGUACGCGAUUGAGGGACAUGAUUAGAGCCAUUCGGGCCUGCAAAACUGCUGCAGAAGAAAGGGCUGUUGUAAGAAAAGAAUGUGCAGCUAUCCGUUCUGCAAUCAGUGAAAGUGAUCAAGGUUACAGGCACAGAAACAUUGCAAAACUCAUGUUCAUUCACAUGCUUGGUUAUCCAACACAUUUUGGUCAAAUGGAAUGUCUGAAGCUGAUAGCUUCUGCUGGAUUUCCUGAGAAACGAAUUGGUUACCUAGGCCUUAUGCUUCUUCUUGAUGAAAGACAAGAAGUUCUUAUGCUGGUCACAAAUUCCUUGAAACAAGAUCUUAAUCACUCAAAUCAAUAUAUUGUGGGUCUUGCACUCUGUGCUUUAGGAAAUAUAUGCUCCACGGAAAUGGCAAGGGAUCUAGCACCUGAAGUAGAAAGAUUAUUGCUAAGUAGAGAUCCAAACAUUAAGAAAAAGGCUGCCUUGUGCUCUAUCAGGAUCAUAAGAAAAGUACCAGACUUGGCAGAAAACUUUUUGAGCUUGGCAGCUACUUUGUUGAAGGAAAAGCAUCAUGGAGUCCUAAUAUCUGGAGUGCAGCUCUGUACAGAUCUUUGUAAAGUCAGUGAAGACGCAAGCAAUUAUUUGAGGAAGAACUGCACAGAAGGAUUGGUUCGAAUACUGAAAGAUGUUUCUAGUAGCCCAUAUUCACCUGAGUUUGACAUUGCUGGGAUUACGGAUCCCUUCUUACAUAUUCGGGUUCUUAGGCUGAUGAGAAUGUGUGGCCAAGGAGACUCCGAUACCAGUGAAUAUAUAAAUGAUAUUCUUGCACAGGUUGCUUCAAAAACUGAAUUAAACAAAAAUGCUGGGAAUGCUAUUCUAUAUGAAUGUGUGGAAACUAUAAUGGGUAUAGAAGCUACUAGUGGUUUGCGUGUGCUUGCAAUUAAUAUUCUGGGUAGAUUCUUGUCAAACCGUGACAAUAACAUCAGAUAUGUUGCCUUGAACAUGCUUAUAAAAGCUGUUGCAGUAGACUCUCAAGCAGUACAGAGGCACAGAACAACAAUUCUAGAAUGUGUCAAGGAUUCUGAUGCUUCAAUUAGGAAAAGGGCUCUGGAGCUUGUUUAUCUUUUGGUUAAUGAUAUAAACGUAAAACCUUUGACAAAAGAGCUUAUUGAUUAUCUGGAAGUGGUGGAUCAUGAUUUCAAAGGAGACCUUACUGCUAAAAUUUGCUCAAUUGUUGAAAAGUUUUCCCAAGAAAAGAAAUGGUACAUAGAUCAGAUGUUCAAAGUGUUAUCUCUGGCAGGGAAUUAUGUGAAAGACAACGUGUGGCAUGCACUUAUAGUUGUAAUAAGCAAUGCACCUGAUCUUCAAGGAUACUCUGUAAGGUCUUUAUACAAGGCAUUCUACACAUCACCCGAACAGGUAAGUUUAGUGCGUGUAACAGUGUGGUGCAUUGGCGAAUAUGGUGAGAUGCUGGUUAACAAUAUUGGGGUGUUGGAAGUUGAAGAACCAAUGACAGUGACUGAAUCUGAUGCUGUGGAUGUUUUGGAGGCUUGUUUAAUUAGUCAUUCAUCAGACACUGCAACUCGAUCGAUGUCCUUGAUUGCUCUUUUGAAGCUGUCUUCCCGUUUUCCACCGACCUCAGGGAGGGUUAAGGAGAUUAUAACGGUUCACAAAGGAAGUUUUGUGCUUGAAUUGCAACAAAGAGCAAUUGAAUUCAACUCCAUAAUACAGAGACAUCAAAACAUAAAAUCUUCUUUGGUUGAGCGAAUGCCUGUUCUGGACGAGUCAACUGUUAUUGUUAAGAGAGCUGGGCCUUCACAAGCUAGUAUUUCAACUGAGAAAUCUAAUCAACAACCACCUUCUGGAACUUCACUUAAGCUUCCAAAUGGUGUUGCAAAACCAGCUGCUGCACCAUUGGUUGAUUUACUUGAUUUGAGUUCUGAUGAUACUCCUGUUUCUGCUCCAACCUCUAAUGAUUUUCUGCAUGAUUUGUUGGGCAUUGAUUUGACAAACUCAUCCUCAGGCAUUGCUCCAGCCAGUGGUACAGAUAUUCUUAUGGAUCUUUUGUCUAUUGGAACACCACCUGUUCAAAGUAAUACUUCACCUGAAAUUAGUUCCUCCGAUAAAGGAUUAUCACUGAUAACCAAACCGGCUUCUAAUUCUGUUCAUGUAGUAGAUUUGUUGGAUGGAUUAACAUCAAAUGGAUAUCUGCCUGAAGUUCAUAUUCCAGUUUACUCCUCUAUCACUGCUUUUCAAAGUAGUACCCUGAAGAUUACAUUCAGCUUCACGAAGCAGCCUGAUAAACCACAAGUUACUCAGAUCCUUGCUACAUUUAUUAAUUUGUCAUUUGAUGCCUAUACAGAUUUUGUUUUUCAAGCAGCUGUUCCAAAGUUUGUCAAGUUACAUUUAGAUCCAGCCAGCAGUAAUCACCUUCCUUCUAAUGGAAAUGGGGCGGUUACACAAACUGUAAUUGUUACUAAUGGUCAGCAUGGACAGAUGAAAGAAGAUGACAAUGAAGCAAAUGCUUUGUUCCUUGAAGACAAUCCUUCAACUUAACAGAAAUUGAGUUCUUGAUGGAUACUGAAGCAAUAAAAAAAUCCUUGGCCAUGCGCAUAAGGAUUGUUUACAAAGUUAACAAUCAAGAGAAAUUGGAACAGGGACAAAUCAACAAUUUCCCUCCUGGUUUAUGAGUCUUCAAACUUUUUUUUUCCCUUCUAUCCAAGGAAUAUAGCGCCUUCUGUUUUCUCUUCAUAUUCUUAAAGAAUGCUGGGAAAUUUUGAUCCUUUUUCCAAUGCAAUGUAUAGUUCAUAAAGAAUUAUGAAAGAAUGUCAAGUUUCCACUAUCGGGAGUUCUUUUACUCCCAUUUGGAUUAGCAUUAGUUCAGAGGUCAAUUCAUUUCUCCCGGAGGGUUGAGAUUGUAAUGAAACUGGAGCUAGUGGAUGUAAAAUGUUAUCCGAUGGCUAUAUCUAUCAAUGGUGUCGUGUUGUUUACUGAUUUUCUUGGAUAAUUGGAGACGUAAAGACUUGAAAUUGCAAUUUUAAGCAAUUGUUCAAUAAAAUCUAUUUAAAGUGUUAGUGUA